UAUUCCGAAAGAAAAACCUGCUGCAACAGGUUCCCAAAGAUCUAGUGGUGCAGUCAUUGGCAGCUGGCAGCACUCUUCUCCUCCCUCCAUCAGUCUUUCUUUGCUUAGCUGAAUGGCUACUUGUCUGAAUGGGACACAAGAUACAGCAGUGAUCACAGCCAGCGGCAGCCAGUGGGCACCAUGCCCUGCUUUCUGAGCUUGCCCAUGGCAAAGGCUGACUUAAAUGUGAUUUAGUUUCACCUGACUGUUGAGUAUUUAAAUAAACACACACAAGCAAAUACAUGCAGGAUCACUUCUGCACUUUAAACCUGUGAGAAUACAUGCAAUAUAGCAGAUAGAGGAAAUAAAAACUUCAAACUGCAGGCUCCUUUGACAAACCACCAAAAAUAGUUGACUUAGUCAACUGUUGAUGGAUAUGAUAUUAUUUUUACUGCACAACCAAUACCCGAUGUAUGUUUUAAAGUGGUUUAUGCAGGCCUCUAUACAAAAUAAAUAUUGAAAAUUCCUUUUUCAGCUGAAACUUUUGCUGCAAAAGAAAAACGGAGCUGCAGGGAUAAGGGGAAAGGGUUUAGAGGGAGCAACGUCAAUACAUGCAGAGUCCUAUCCUAUCCUCCCAAUGAACCAGGAACCGCAGCUCGUCGGUAUACAGUACCUUGAACAAAACCUGUCCUCAGUGAGAGGGUGAGGCAGAAUGACAGAGAGACACAGGAUUCAUUACAGAUUGAAUAAACUCUUGUGUUACUGUGUAAGGUCUCUGCAGAGCAAAACUACUGCCGACGGCUCUUUUUGCCAAAGAGGUUCUUGAGAAGGGUAUGACAACUGAUCCCAGGAGGGAGGGCUCUUAAAGCAAGAACAAGUUUGAGGUUGCAUUAGGAAGAGACAAAGGGAUCUUUGUCAUCGUGCUGUAAUAAGUUCAAUUCAACUUUGUCAUCUUUUGUUCCAAAGGAAUAAAUCUGUCACUGCAUUGUCAUUAGUACUUCUAUUGGCUCAUGCAUAUCUUUGGAUGUGCUUCACGUUUUGUUAUAUGCAAAUUAGCACUAUUUCAUCCAAAUGGAAUUUGGUGUUCUUGAAUGAACUCAUCAAAGGUAGAAAACAUUGCAGCGUUGGCAAAAGAAAACUCAACUUCUCAAGCUUUCAAUUGGCUACCACUCUGCAGCUUGGAUUUUACAUGAGAAACUAUGACAAGAGCUCCCAUGAAGGGACAAAGGUGAAACCUUAAUCAGUCACAUAGUCAAUGAUCAACAUCUUGGACAGUUUGGAUUCCUAAACUGAACAUAUAUUUCUUGUGCAGAAUUCCCAAAGACAAUGACAAUACAUCAUCACACGUCUGAAAACAACUGCUUGACCUCUUUGUAUUUGAAAACUAAAAUUGUAAUUCCAGUCCAUCAGUAAAGCCAUACAUGCAUACCUGACUCGACUCUACUCUUUACCGUCACCAUUAUCCUUUACCACAAAGUAAACCAUAGCAGAUGUGAUUCCAAAGAUUUUUUUUAUCCACAACCAGAGUUUUUUAAAUUUCUGAAACAGAUUAUAAAAUAGAUUAUAGAUUGGAAUGCGAUUUCCACUGCCUACACUUUUAAAUGGGUUAAAAUCCAGUAAAUUGAUUUAACUCUGACUCUAUAAGUGAGAUUUGUUAUAAAUGAAUAAUAAUAAAUAAUAAUGGCGCUUUUUCUUGGUGCUCAAAGGGUUUACAAUGUGUCCAUUAUUCAUUCACUCAUCACAUACUUGGUGAUGGCAACUACUAAUGUAGCCACAGCUGUCCUGGGGGAGAAUGACAGAGGCGUGCCAUUUUCGCCCGCGCCCAACACCGGGACAUUCAUACACAUGCAUACACAUUCACACACCAGUGGAGCCGCACUGGAGGCAGGGAGGGUGAAGUGUCUUGCCCAAGGACAGCUGACUUUGGCUGGGGGGAGCAAGCGGGGACGACCCUAUUAUCAUUGGACGACCCGCUCUACGCCAUAGCCAUUGACCCACUGAACUACAUUUUUGAUAUCUUGAGACCUGGGAUCAAAUUAAUUACAGAGGUAAUAUAACCCAAAAUGUGAUGUCCACACAUGCCAGGCUGUAAGAGGUUAAAGUAUGUAAAAGACAUCUAACAGACACUCAGGCCCAACAGGAGGCUCAUUCUGGUCCAAACUUUGAGCUUUGACAUGUCAGAUUGGCUGAACUUGCUCACCUUCAAACAUAAACAAAUUCCUAAAUAACAAAUAAGGCCAUUAUAUAACCUAAACCUUCUUUGUUUAGUUAUUUCUAAAUUGUUUAUGGUGUAAAACGUUCUAAUUUCCUAUUAAUAUACUAUUCUAAUCUGUUCUGUUCUGUUCUAUUAAAUAUUUAUGUAUUUAUUUAUUGAUUCAGCAUAAAUAGUGUAAACAUUGUUGUAAGAAUGAAUGCAAAGUGAAAAAAACAGCUAAACUUAUAUCCCGGUCAAUUUUCAUCAUAGAUUCACUUCAACAUUUCUGUCCAGUCUGCUUCAGCUCUGCGACUUCUUUGAAUGCGGUGAAUAUGAUCAGUGAAACCAGUAAAACCAGCAGAUCCAGAACCAGAAAGCCCAUUUUAGGAAAGCUCUCCUUAGAGAACAGACAUGUGAAAACACAGAUGCCUGUAAUUCUGACAGUAAAUGACCAAUGUUGUGAUCAAAAAGUUUGUUUGGCAUCAUAACAUAACAACAAUGUUUUAAAUGUUAUGAUUUUCUCCUAAUACAUCUUGUCUUAUAUAUUUCCAAUUAUCUUUAUUCAAAACAAACAGCUAAUAAAAUAAAGAUUGAAAAUGAAUAAAGGGGGAAGAGGAAGAAUUUUUCAAAGUUUUUCUUUCCUCUUUACCCAUAUGGUCUGUGGCAAAUUUGACUCAAACUGUGGUUGACAAAGAAAUAGUGUUUAAGCAAAUGAGAAAUAUUUAAAAUUGAAAAUUAAUAAUAAAGCAUAAGCACUGAAAUAGAGAUUGGUCACAUGUAUCUGUGUGUUUUAUCAUUUUAUUUUGACAUAUUUUUUAACCUGUAAAGCACUUUGUGUUGCUGCGGUAUGAAAGGGGUUAUAUAAAUAAAGUUUAAAUUUCAAUGUCAAUCUCUGCACAAUGUCCUUUAAAAGAAAUAAAUUGAUAACCCAAAGGAUAGUUUUUAGGCAUUUAAAAAGACAGAAGUAGAAAGGAAGAACAAUUUAUGAAGUGAUUUAGUUUAAUCACAAAAGACUGCUAUGAGACUGAUUCAGCACACAGAUUUACCAGUUCACAUAUUUCUGCUGCUUCUUUUUACCAUUCCCAACUCCAACAGAAUAGAUGUUUUUUUCAUGGUUCUAUUGCUUCCUAAAUUUUUUAAUAAGCGCAGCUGAAGAUGAGUUAGCAGACUCGUCCUUCAACUUUGGUUCUUCUAAAGUAACACCUUUAGAAGUUUAUUUAUUACUUUCAUCAGAAAACAACAUGAGUUUUUUGUUCAAAAAGCAGCUUUGUAAAUUAGAGGAUAAGUGGUAGAUUGAGUCAAAAUAAAAGUCAGAUUCCACUUUUAAGUGAAUCAGUAGCAGUGAUUUAUGAGUGUCUUUAGAAAACAUGCAGUCCCCGAGGCAGUGCACUUUAUCACUGAAUACUUUACUAUUUUGGCUCAGAGGUAGGUUAUAUAAAUUGAAUAAUGACUUUUCUUGUCCCAGGGAUAUUUUUGAUUUGAAAAAAUGUGCAGCUGUCUCUUCUGAUGACCGCUAUGAAAAUGUCAUAUUACCAUUUUAUAGCCCGUUAUUAAUAAUUUAAGCAAUAACCCCUAUUUAAGAUUUCCAGGAAGUGGGAUAAUUGCUCAUACUUCUGCAUGGCAGAUGAAAAACUUCUGUCUGAUCCGUUAAUAUACCUGAUAGCAAGAAACCUUCAACAUAUUGAUUGUGUGAGUUGUUAACCUCAAAAUAACAAAUCUCCAGUUUAUACAACAUAGGUUUUGGCACACAAACUCUGAUAUAGCAGAUGUGAAAUUUACAGUAAUUCUUUUUACACUUCCAGAACAGAUCAGACCAUAAAGUUCCCGUCUUACCUCUGACAGCAGGGAUCCGUCGUACCAGGGUCCACUUCCAAGGAUGUGAAGACCAAUUUGCAGAGAGAAGUGGGAGAUAUUCAGAGAGAUCUCCACCCAGAGGUCCCCAGGAGUUUCUGGAUUGAAAUCAACAUCCCUCUAACAAAAUGACUGAAAGGGGGAAUAUGGUCAGAGCCAAUCACCACUUUGGAAGGAUGAAGUCCGCUCUCUUCCUGUGCAGAUUCUCAGUCAUUAAGGUCACAGCGGAGCAGUAAUAACUCCAACAGCGGCUGACUUGCAUUCUCCAAAAGCUUUUAUGUCCAAAUACUAACUCUGUGAAACAAUACACCUGAGUGGAACUUGUCAAGUCCUGCUGUUUUCCAUGAAGAACUCUGACCCUGACAGAAACUGUGACUAACUUGUGUUGCCUCAUCAGCAGAAGAGGAAGGUGAUAUGAUUAGACCUGUUGGUUCCCACUUUUUUCUCGUGGUAAUAAAGUCCUCAUUUUGGAUUCUCUUUUGAAAUACACCAGUCAAAGAGAGAAUGAAGAUGGAACUGUGCCCAAAAAAAUACCUGCUGGGUUGUUUGAAUAUUGAGUUAGUUAUGGCUAAAUUAAACACAGCACUAAGAGGCAUUUGGCAACAUAAGCAUACAGCCAUAAAACCUGGACUAAGGUGCAAAAUCAAUCUUUUAUUAGGUCCUCUUGUGCUAUAAGUGUGUGAGUCGGUUAGACUUCAGUAAAGUAAAAUUAUUUCAGAUUUUUUUUUAAAUACUGUCCUUGCUGGACACAUGAUUAGUCAUUGUUUGGUGGAUUCUGUUAGAUCUAACAGGGUUUCUUUAGCUUUAGCAGCUAACCGAACAAUUUUUAAAACUGGCUAACUUUUUAGUGGCUCUCAUUUUUGACCAUUCGUUAACAGGGUUGCUCUUCCUCUGCUUUAUUUUAGGGAGCCCCACACAUUUGGAUAGCAAGUAAACUGGAAAAAAACAUUAGGACUUGAUGGUCUUUAACGCUUUUGGUGUGAAACUUUACACUAAAUUUGACACCUUAAGUAGAUUGUUUAGUGUGAAAUCAAGUUUAUACAGCUUUAUUUCAAACAUGGACAAGAUUGAGAAUUCUAUCAUUUAUCAUGAAAAUUUGAUGUUUUGUUUUAUUUACCAAACUUCUCAGACACUUUUCAUGUAAUAUUUAACACUUCCGUACAAGUUUUUUUGGGAAAUUUAUUUCACAAAUGCAUUACUUAAAUUGAGAACAAGAUUUUUUUUCUCUACAUUUGAGAAAAUCUGCAUAUUUUUAAGCUCAGCAUCUAUGAGUUUCUCAUUUUCACUGAAAAUCUUGCUGCUGUGAGAAAAUUGUAUUUUCUUAUGCAUUAAUUGUUGGAUUUCUCUAUAGUUUCUUGCUUUGCCCAGUUUGUUCUAGUUACAGCUUGUGUCUGCAUGUAGUGUGUACUUUCACCCUGAUGACCACGAAGUUUUAGAUUGUAAGCUCGAAAAGUGCUGUCCUGGCAAACCUCUAACUGCUAAAUGUAGUAUAGGAGCAUCAUUUUAGUGGUUGAGGUUAAGUACUAAGUACUAACUCUCUAAAGGCUUCUUGAACAGUUAAAACAAUAAAGGCAACCGGUCCCUGUCCAGGGGUUGCCGGAUGCUUUGGUCCAGGUGUGGGAGGAGAUCCCAGAGACCAUCCUCGCCUCAUCAGAAUAACUAUCUAUUGCAGGGAAGUCAAGCACACACACACUCCAAUGAGCCUCAUUUUGACUCGUUUCAGACAUUACACCCAAGUUGGAUGUGCCUGUAGUGUCUUUUUCCGCUUUAAUUUGGAGUAUGAUUCCACAUCCACACCUCCAUAGGCUAAUACAUUUAAUUUACAUUAAUAGUUUUUGUAAGGUGUGUUGCCAGCAAAUACAAAUAUGUAAAGAAUAAAAACAUUUAAAAAGAAUAGGAAUAGUGUUCCCAGUUAUUUAUUAAUUUAUAAGGGGAAAAAAAGCGGGACAGAUGUAAAUAAUGCAAAAAUAGUCCGAAACUAUAUAGGUUAAAAUAAAGCUGAAAAGUAAAAAUGUUUAAAAUCAAGUUUUUUUCAUUCUAAAUAAUAAUUUCACUGAACCCCUAAAAUAUUUAACAAUCUAAAUUUAGGAAAAUAAGUACUAAAUACACUAAUUUAAUAUAAACAUAAUUAAGAGAAAUAUGCAUGAUAUCACAUAUUACAAUAGCAAAUACCGUAUUGCAUUGAACUAUAUGACAUUAGUGUAUAUUAUUAUAUAAGUAAAAACAAUUAGGUUAAUUAUUAGGUACCAACCAUUUACUAAGGAGGAUCAACCAAAACAUGAAUGUGUAGUUUAACAUUAUAUCCAGCAGAGGGAGCUGUUGCUUCGUUUUUUGAUGACGUUUACCUCAGUUCUGGACAUGGAAGUUAGCAGAGGAGCUAAGCAGAAGGCGAGCCUCUAUGCUCCGGAACCUCACUUAGUAAAGUCGGUUCGACAUGUACGAGCCGGACACCGCAGCCAUCCUCCCGGAAGACCUCCUCAGCACCGCUUCAACGGACGACCAGCCGUCCAAUCCAGCCGCUCAUGGCCAGGAGGAGGAUCGCCUCCCGCUCGACAAGGUUGCGCGGCCGCCGGUACGAUCGCGGCUGCCGGUGUCCGUGGAGCCGGUGCUCUUUCUGUCCACGUUUGCUCUGGUUCUCCAGGCUCCCCUGGUCACCCAGUAUCUGUGGGACCGCAUCAGCGAUGAGCUCGGCUACAACGGCUCCAGGAGGUCGGAGUGCAACAGUUCAGAGCCCGCAGACCCCCUCCAGAAGCAAGUGGAAACUUUGACAGCUCACUGGAACCUGUACAUCAACCUGGGAGGUUUUUCGGUGGGACUGUUGGUUGUGCCUCUCCUGGGUUCUUGGAGUGACCUUGCUGGCCGCAGAACUGUCCUUAUCCUCCCCAACCUCGGUCUGGCCCUGCAAGCAGCUGUUUACCUUGUAGUGAUGUACCUCAAGCUUCCUGUGGCUUACUUUUUGGUGGGCCGGCUGCUCAGCGGUCUGUCGGGUGACUUUAAUGCCAUCCUGGCUGGCUGUUUUGCCUAUGUGGCUGACAUUAGUGACAGGAAGUCCCGCACCUUCAGGGUGGCGGUCUUAGAGGCCUGUCUGGGACUUGCAGGGAUACUAGCCAGCAUCAUAGGAGGGCAAUGGCGGAGAGCCCAAGGCUACAUCAACCCAUUCUGGCUGGUCCUGGCAACCAACUUGGCCUCCGCUCUGUACGCUUCCCUUGUAGUGCGCGAGUCUGUACUUCCAGACCCGAGUGCUAAGCUCCUCACAACUCGCCACCAUAAAGCUGUGUGGCGCCUCUACUCAACAGGAGGCAGCGGCAUUGAUGGCGACAGAAGCUUUUGCAGGUGCAAGCUGUGGCUUUACUCACUGUGCUUCUUUGUGGUGGUGACUGUUCACUCCGGGAGCAGAGAGCUGUAUGUGUUGUAUGAGCUAAGUCCACCAUUGUGCUGGGGGUCCGCCCUUAUUGGAUAUGGGUCAGCAGCUCAAAACCUGGCAUACCUGACCAGUCUGCUGGGGCUGAGGAUCAUGCAGCUGUGCCUGGAGGACUCCUGGGUGGCUCUCGUGAGUCUGGCCUCCAACAUAAUUGGGCUGUUGGUCUUCUCUGUCGCUGAUAGCACCCAGCUAAUGUUCACAGGUUACGGUCUGUGUUUCUUAUUCAUGGCUGUGACCCCUGUGCUCAGGUCAAAACUAUCCAAGCUGGUGGAUCCAUCCGAGCAAGGUUCCCUUUUUGCCUCCGUUGCCUGUGUGGAGACCUUGUGUUAUCUUGUGGGCAGUGGCAUCUUCAACUCUCUCUAUCCAGCCACACUUUACUUCAUGAGGGGCUUUACCUUCCUGUUUGCUGCCAUCCUCCUCCUAAUCCCUGCUGGAAUUAUUGGGACCCUGCAGUGUUUGGACCAGAGGAGAGAACUCAGAGACUCUCCUGAGUAGGGGAGAGCACAAAGAGGAGCCCCUACACGGUUAUAGCGCCUCCUCCUGCCAGUCGGCUCUGACGAGGAGGCAUUUGGAUACCUUUGGAUGCUGGAAAUGCUUUGGACCCCUACACCUUUGCUGAGUGACUGACUUAAAAAAAAAGUCCAGACCAGAUGACCAAACCCAGCAGACAUUGCUGCACAAACUGCCUCCGUAAAUGAGAAAAGGGAAGUCAUGACUUUGUCAAACUAUUUUCAGUGCAGUUACUUCAAGAUUCAUACAAAUUUAUUAUUAUGAAGGUGCUUACAUAUUUAGACAUAUUUAUAAAGUAAUUUUAUGUGUUUACAAUGCAGAAUGAAGGUUAAACAUUGAACAUUUAUAGUGUUGAGAGUAUGUGAGUGUAAUGCUAUAGAGCUCUUAAAGUGGAUUACAAGUUUUUAAAAAAAAUUGAUGGUUUCUCGUGCAGACGACUUACUGUCUGGUGAGCACUAGAUACGUUCUCGUGCACACGAGAAAACUCAAGGUGUUUUCGAACUGGACACAUUUGGUUUCGCUUCAAGUGAACCAGAGUUCGUUUCCCCCAAUAAUACGGAACAAGUUUUCAGUCUGAAUACACCCGAGCAGAACCUGGUUCAGGACCAGGAACCACACUCUGACUCAUCUUUGGAGGUGGUCUCGGUUCGUUUCCAAUCUGACUGAGCUUCGGUUCGCUCUGUGUUUCCUCUGUCUAAAUACAAUCCGUUCUCGGAGCGGAACAACUGAACCAAAGAGGCCACCGUAGCCGGUGGUCACGUGAUGUAAACACAGUACGAAUGUAGUAACAGAUGAGCCGUGGACAAAUGUAAAGCACCAGUUGUCAUGUUAUCAAAGAGGACAAAAAGGUCCAGCUCCUUACUUGCGCUGCUGUGACAUCAUCCUAAAAGCUACCCUGUAGUACCAUAGCAGAAUUCUCUUAAAAUAAUGCCAAAAGACUACAACGAUGAGACACAGCAACUUAUUGAACUGUGCUUGAAUGAAUGCAGGCUCAUCAAAACAACUUUUAAUGUGAUACACAUUGCUUCUCCCCGUUUCCCAAACAAUCCAUAUGUCAUAAACACUUAUCAGCGUACUUACUUAGCUCCCAAAAAAGCGAGUAAAAAUUGUUGAGCCUGUAACAGUUGAUACAGACGUUUAAUAACGGUCAGCAAAAUAUAAAGUUUGAAUAAACGAACCCCAAGGAGGACUGCAAGGCGCAGGACAGCGAAGUCCCCUUGACGCCAGUCUGAAUACAGACCAAACACAACGUUCAGAACUCGAUCCGGACCAAAUUACCGGUAAGCGGACUGGGUCCGUUUAAUACGGACAAUUCCAGUCUGAAUACACCCCAGUGGUCAUUUGCACACGGGAGACCUUUUUAGAAACCCUAAAAAAGGUGAUCGAUACCAGACACCAGUUGCGCACCUGUUGCCUGUUCUGCAAUAAGGUCCACGAGGAAUUAAACACAACCAGUCACAAUUACGAGAGCUUAUUGAGGUCUAUUUUACCUUGCACUUUGCACCUCUAGCAUCACUAUUAUUGUGAUUUAUGAACGUGAUCUAAAACAAGUUCUAAAGUCAUGCGGUUUGUUUUGGCAGAGGGGAUUCAUCUGCUUUGAUCAACUGGUGAGCACCAGAUACUUUCUCGCGUGGACAAGAUACCAGUUCUAUUUUUUGUUUUCUAUGUCACUUUAUGCCACAAACGUUAUUAUUGCAGUCAAGCAUCCAGAAAAAAAUAUCUGAUUUCUAAGCAAAUAUUUAAUGAGCACUUUAGAAACGGACGGCCAUCUUCAUGUUCAUUUGAUCAUUUUUCAAUAUCAAAUGUGAUUUAUAUUUGAUUUAUUGAUUUAUUUCAAGCAUUGUAGUCAAAGCAAUAAAGAAUUUACAGAUAUUUAUCAAACUCAUUACAGAAAUGAUGAAAUGCAUGGAUUAAAAAGACAGAAAAUAAAACAAAACAAAAACGUCACUUAAAUCACAUUUGCUUAAUUAAAUACAGUGAUCAUUAACUAAAGUUAGGUAGAGCUUGAUUAAUUGUUUGAAAAGCAAUAAAGUUUGCUUUUAAAGUUUAUUUGAUCAUUUUUCAAUAUCAAAUGUGAUUUAUAUCAUUAACUUGUUCUAUUUUCUUUCUAAAUAUUUUUAAUAAAAGGGUAAUUUUUUCCAAAAUCAAGAUAUUUUUGUAAAACUAUAUGCUGAAAUACUUUACAAUAAAACAAAGUACAGCUAUUGUCUCUUUGAAAAAGAGACAGUAGUUUGCUUCUUGGAAAAUCA